GGGUGGGUCUGCCUGCAGAAGGCGUCUCUCCGGGGCAGAUCCUCACCCCAGCCCAGGGCCCUUGCCAGCCUCUCCAGCAGCCCCAAUAAACCAGAGGGACAGCGACACGCUCAAAACUCAUAACCCCGAUCCCAGCCAGAGCCGCGACCGUGCAGUCCAGGGAACCUCUCUUGGGUGGUGAGCACCCCGUCGCUGGGAGGAUCCAAGCAGGGCUGCCAUGGAGGAAGGCUCCUACUCAGUGGAGUUUUCUAGGCUCCGCAGAAGGCGGCAGUGCUGUGGACGGGGCAUGCAGCUGGGGGUGCUGGCGCUGGUGACCGUGGCGCUGUGGGCCGGGCUGAUGACGCUGCUUCUCCUCUGGCACUGGGACAGUGUGCGGAACCUGAAGCAGCUGGAAGGGACCACUGCGUGGAACAUGUCUCAGGUUUCCAAGGACGUGAGCAGACAGAAGGGUGACCAGAAGGCCCAGAAAUCCCGGGCUGCCCAGAUGACACAGGACAUGGAGAGAAUCCAGGCGGAACAGGAGCGGCUGAAGGCUCAGGGCUCUGAGCUCUCGCAGAACCUGGACGGACUUCUGGAGGACCUGAGCAGCCUCAAGUCCCAGAGUUUGAACGAGAGGCGCACAGACUUGGGUUCACUGGAGAGACUCCAGGAGGAGGUGGCGAGGCUGUGGAUAGAGCUGCGCGUGUCCAACGGCUCCGUGUGUGACACGUGCCCCGAGAAGUGGGUCCAUUUCCAGCGGAAGUGCUACUACUUCGGCGAGGGCCCCAAGAAGUGGAUUCAGGCCCGGUUUGCCUGUGAAAACCUGCAGGGGCGGCUGGUCAGCAUCCACAGCCGGGAGGAGCAGGCCUUCCUCACCAAACAUGCCAGCAGGAAGGGCUCCUGGAUCGGCCUUCGGGACCUGGACAUAGAGGGGGAGUUUAUCUGGAUGGACCAGAAGCCCCUGGACUAUACCAACUGGCGGCCCGGGGAGCCCAACAACCAGGCCCUGGGCGAGGACUGCGUGAUGAUGCAGAGCUCCGGGCAGUGGAACGACGCCUUCUGCGGCAGCCGGCUGGACGGCUGGGUGUGUGACCGGCUGGCCGCGUGCUGACUGCCCGCCGCCUCAGUGCGCCGGGGUCCGCUGGGAUGAGCUCCCGCACCCGGGCCCUGGCAGACCCCCACCCACCUGCCAGGUGCUCCCCUCCGCAUCACUCCCCACCUUGAACAUGGAGACAGCUGGGCCCACAGUGGGACCCUGAAGACCCCCAACUGAGGCCGCAUGCCUCUCUGGUGGUUAAAGGUCCCCAUGAUGUUUUCCCCACCCAAACGGAGGCAGCCGACCCAUCCCCAGCCUCCACCACUGCCCCAGGGGCCUGAACCUUGCUUCUCACCCCGGCUGGCACUACCACCUCCCUGCCCUCAAGAGCUCAGACUUCCCACUCCAAGAACCUUCCAGGGAUCAGCAGGGGUCACCUUGGACCUCUCACUGUCUGAUGGAGUCUAGAGUGGAUGCCCCCGCCCUCCCCAGAUGCAGCCCUGGUGUCUCCCUGAGGCUGGGCUGGAGGCACCUCCUAGUAUGGCGAACUCAGCAUCAGCCCUUGUCCCCUAUGUCAUUGCAAGAAGCAUUUACUGUGCAGGAACUGGAGAUGAAGCCUCGGGGGCCCAAUGGAGCAGAGAUAUCCCCCAGAGCCCCAGGGAUAUUGCAGGGCAAGGCAGGGGACCCAGUUGAGCCUGGUCCCCCAGGCCUGGCUGCUGGGGAGAGGCGAGGAGGUGACACAAGGCAAGUGCUCAGAGUGGGCCCGGUGCACAGUGGGUGCUCAGUAAGCAGAUGCUGCAAAAACUGACCCUGCGGCCUGUCCAGGUCUGGAGGAACCGACCCUCCCCUGCCAGCUGCUGGGGAGGCCUCCCCCCCACCCCGAGCUCCCCCGCCCUCCCGUCUAAAAUGACAGCCCCUUCUCCGGAUUCCUUUUACCCCCUGUGCUGUCGCCACGGUGCUGUCCUUCCGAUGAAAGGUGUGAUUUACUGGGGUGAGAAUGGGAGCUUCAGGAGGGCAGGCGCCUGUUUUGUUUUCCGCUGUGUCCCCAGCGCCUGGUGUACAGUAGGCACCCCAAAAAUAAACGUCUGUGGAGUUAGCGCGUGGCCAUGGGGAAAUGACCUCUUCUCUCCGAACCUGUGGAAUGGGACGCUGCCUGC